AUGAGUGCCAAAAAAUAUGCCUUCGUCCCCAUGGAUGAUGACGAGGUCGGUCCUCAGAAGGUCUCCAAGGAAAAGAAGCACCGGCACAGACGUGACCGCGGUACGUACGAAAAGUCGGCAUCUAAAACCGGUAAGCCUCGUCGACAGAGCAGCCGGUCUCCUCCGAAUCCACACUCUUCUUAUCCAGUUCGCCCAAAAAGCUAUCGCCGGCGCGGUGACGAAAGAGACUUUGACGAUCAAUGGGCGGAUGAGGAACCGCCGUCCGAUGAUCCUGACGCGCGGCCACAGGACGAUGAACCCGAGUUCAAAGAAUCCGCAAGCAAGCGAGUCAAGUUGAGUCGCGAUGACCGUGAGAAAGAUGGCGCGGAUUUGUCAGAUGGAGCCAAGGAGGAGCUUGCACGACAAAAGGACAUUGAGGAGCGCGAGGCUUUUGCCAAAAGAUUAAAGGAAAGGGAUGAUGAAAGAUCCAAAAAGAACCUGCGAGAUGGGGACUCUUCAGCCAGACGGAAACUGGCAGAGGAUGCUGCUGCCAGAGACGCUGCUCUGCCCGAUCUGCGAGAAAGGUCGCGUCAAGAAUACCUCAAGAAGCGCGAAACCGAACGGCUUGCGUUAUUGCGACGACAGGUGGCGGAAGAGACUGCAGAGCUCCGAAGCGGUGUACGGCUGUCUGAAAAAGAGAAACUGGAGUUCGCUAAAAACAGGGAGAUUCUGCGUCUAGCUGAAGAGAGGUUAAAAAUUGAUGACCACCGCGACGGUUAUUACAUGCCUGAGGACUACAUCACAGAAAAAGGAAAGUUGGACAGAAAGAAAAAGGAGGAGGCUCUAUACAAACGAUACGUCGAACGGGAUGAAUUUGGCCAAGAGAAAUUUGUCACGGAGCAUGAGGAAUGGGAGCAAGAACAGGCCGCCAAGGCCAAAGCUCAGAUUCAGCGGGCAGAGAUUGAAAAUGAGGACUAUGAUUAUGUCAUGGACGACCAGCAAUAUAUUCAGUGGAGUCUUGACUCGAGAAUGGCCGGUGAGGGCAAGACCAAGGAGCAAGUGUUCCUGGAGGCCCAGAUUGAUGCCGCUGAGAAGAAAGCCCUUUCGAUUCAGGAGACUCGCAAGAGUCUGCCCAUCUACCAAUACCGAGACGAGUUUCUGGCUGCAUUGGAGCAGUAUCAGAUAUUGGUCAUUGUUGGAGAAACCGGCAGCGGCAAGACGACACAGUUACCCCAGUACCUACGUGAAGCUGGGUACACCAAAAACGGGAUGAAGGUAGGCUGCACACAGCCACGUCGAGUCGCUGCAAUGAGUGUCGCCGCUCGUGUGGCGGAGGAAGUCGGCGUCAAGGUUGGAAAUGAAGUUGGCUAUUCGAUCCGUUUUGAGGACUGCACCAGUGACAAGACAAUUCUCAAGUACAUGACAGAUGGCAUGCUGCUCAGGGAAUUCAUGACGGAGCCAGAUCUGGCUGGCUACUCAGCGCUGAUGAUUGACGAAGCACACGAACGAACAGUGCACACUGACAUUUUACUUGCUCUGGUCAAGGACCUGGCGCGAGAGAGAAAGGAUCUCAAGCUUCUCAUAUCGUCGGCCACCAUGAAUGCAGAGAAAUUCGCCAACUACUUUGACGAUGCACCCAUCUUCAACAUUCCUGGUCGGAGAUACCCCGUUGACAUUUACUACACGCCCGCUCCCGAAGCCAACUACCUGGCCGCGGCCAUUACGACCGUCUUUCAAAUUCAUACGACGCAGCCCAAGGGGGACAUCCUCAUCUUUCUCACUGGCCAAGACGAGAUUGAGGCUGCAGAACAGGAGAUUACAGAGACAGCGAAAAAGCUCGGCAGUAGAAUAAAGGAACUGGUCAUUUGCCCAAUCUACGCCAACCUGCCAUCGGAUCUCCAAGCCAAAAUCUUCGAGCCGACGCCUGAGGGGGCUAGAAAGGUGGUUCUUGCAACAAACAUUGCCGAGACCAGUCUGACUAUUGACGGAAUCGUCUACGUCAUUGACCCUGGAUAUGUGAAAGAAAACAUCUACAAUCCUGCUACUGGCAUGUCAAACUUGGUUGCUGUGCCCUGCUCUCGCGCAUCUGCCAACCAGAGAAGUGGACGUGCUGGCCGCGUAGGGCCGGGAAAAUGCUUUCGCCUGUACACAAAGUUUGCGUACAUGAACGAGAUGGACGAGUCAACUACGCCAGAAAUCCAGCGAACAAAUCUCAAUGGAGUUGUCCUGCAGCUGAAGUCGCUCGGCAUCAACGAGCUGCUCGACUUUGAGUUUAUGGAUCCGCCUCCAACUGAAGCGCUGAUCGGCGCCCUGAAUCAGCUGUUUGCCCUGCAGGCUCUCAAUCACAGGGGCGAGCUUACCAAAAUGGGCCGUCAAAUGGCCGAGUUUCCCACCGAUCCCAUGCUGGCCAAGGCUGUGCUAGCUGCUGACAAGGAGGGCUGUGUCGAGGAAGUGCUGUCGAUUGUCUCCAUGCUCGGGGAGGCCUCCGCCUUGUUCUUCCGGCCCAAGGACAAGAAGAUCCAUGCCGACAGCGCCAGGAACAGAUUCACCGUCAAGGAUGGCGGAGACCACGUCACUUUGCUCAACAUAUGGAAUCAGUGGGUGGACAGUGACUUCUCGCCCGUCUGGUGUCGCGAAAACUUCUUGCAACAGCGAUCUCUCACCCGCGCUCGUGACGUCCGGGAUCAGUUGGCGAAGCUCUGCGAACGAGUCGAAGUGUCCCCAUCGACAUGCGGCGCCAACAAUCUCCGGCCCAUCAAGCGUGCCAUUACCGCCGGCUUCUUCCCCAACGCCGCACGACUGCAGAAGAGCGGCGACAGCUACCGCACAGUCAAGAACAACACGACUGUGUGGAUUCACCCCAGCAGCGUGCUCAUGUCGGUGGACCCUCCCGAGAAGAUGAUUAUAUACUUUGAAUUGGUGCAAACUACGAAGGAAUACAUGCGCGGCGUCAUUCCCAUCGAACCAAAGUGGUUGGCUGAAUUGGCACCACACUUUCACAAGAAAAAGGAUGUCGAGGCCAUGGAGGAGAAAAAGAUGCCCAAGCAAAGAUAG